ACAAAUUAUCUUGUUUCUAGGUACAGACUAGCUCUUCAAAGUCAGCCCAAGUCCCCCGAGUUAUUUAGUAACUGGAUUCUCUGGUCAGGAUAUGUCUCUGUACUAGUAGGGAGCAUGCUGGUGUUGACUAGCUUCUUCACUUUGGGAGUCACAGGGACAUUUUUAGGAGAUUAUUUUGGCAUUUUGCUUGAUGAAAAAGUGACCAGUUUCCCGUUUAACAUAAUGGACAACCCCAUGUAUUGGGGAUCUACAAUGAAUUUCUUUGGUGUAGCUCUUAUACAAGCUAGCCAUGCAGGUCUGUUGCUCACUCUCUGGGUUGCUGUGUCUUACAAGAUUGUUAUCAUGUUUGAAGGGCCAUUUACUGAAGCCAUUUACAGUAAAAAGACAAAAGUAAAAAGUAACAAUCACACAGAUUAGGUGCUUCCUGAGCCAUGAACGUGGAAUAAUAUGCCAAGUUCAAGGGGAAAUGACACAGUUUUCUAAGACCUUCCAACAUUAUCUCUGCAGAUAGUCCCCAUUCUCUGGGAGAUCAGGAGUUCACCACUAGGAAUAAGACGUGGUGUUUUUCUUAUUUAUACAUUGUCUUCCAUGACUCUUGAAAAACUCUUGAUAUUAAACUGUAUGUCAAAUCAUCAUUUGAUGGAAAACUUAAGAAUUUCUUUGUAAUGGUCUUGUAUAUUUCAUGCGCUGAUCCAUUACUAUUACACAAUUGAUUUCAAGAAAAAUGCCAUAGAUUUUUAAAGUUAAUAUUUAUGAAAUUUGCAACAAAAAUUACAUUACUGUAGCAUUUGCGUAGAAAUACUAUGAUUUGGAGUAUAUUUGUAGUAUUUAUACUUUCGAAAUGGUGAACAGGAUUCUUCUGCAGUUUAAAACUAUUUCAAUAGUCAAAUUGGCCAAAAACAGUCAGUAAGAUGCUUGUCAGCUAAGUUUAGACCAUAUAAUUUAUCCUUUAAAAGGAUAUUAAAUGAACAAUGCAAAGUGUGUUAGCGUUAGUCAUAGUAAAUGUCUAUUUUAGUUUAUCAGUGUUGUCUUGGCUCAUGAUAUCUUUGUUCUGUUAAGGUAUUCUUCUUACCUCUAUGUUCUUAGUCUAUGUUCCUAGAGUUAUUAAUUUAAAUAGGUAUUUUACAGUUCAUUAAAUUAUCUGGUUUUAUUUUACCGACACAACAGCUCUAGGACCUGCAGCACAAGUGGUGUUAAGUGCUGAUUAGCUUCACAAUGUUUUUUAACCCCGAAAGCAUUUUCUGGCUAUCUUUCUUCUUACAUCUUCUACCUACUAUCUACCUUCAGUUUCUCAACUGAAGGUUCAGUAAUGUCGACUACUGUAAAAGCACAGAUAUGAUGUAUCAGAAUCAACAAAGGUUAUUUAUAGACUAUUUACUGGCCAUGUCUGUAAGUUGACCAAAAGCUGACCAAAAAGCUCAAAGUAAAUGUUUAAAAA